AUGCAAUUUCAGCUCCGACAUCGCCCGGCGCGGCGCGGCGCAGCGCAGUGGUGCCCGGACUUUGCAACUCCCACCGCCAAACGUAGUCCUCGCUCUACCUAUGCUCGUCCUGAUGAAUAUGCGAAAGGGGGCGAAGAACGCGGCUGGAGGCAGGCCGCGCCGCACCGCGCCCGAGUUAAGCCCCCGAGUUGGGUGGAUAGUUGGGUGGAUAGUUGGGUGGAUAGUUGGGUGGAUAGUUGGGUGGAUAGUUGGGUGGAUGGUUGGGUGGAUGGUUGGGUGGAUGGUUGGUUGGAUGGUUGGUUGGAUGGUUGGUUGGAUGGUUGGUUGGAUGGUUGGUUGGAUGGUUCGGUGGAUGGUUGGGUGGAUGGUGACCUCGUUAAAAAUGAAGGGGGAAACUUGCUGGGUACCUAUCGACGAGAGGUUGUGAGACGCAAAGGGAAGAGAGAUGGAUAAAUACAAUGGACGAGAAUGGAAGUACUUGCACGAUGGACUUCUUCCAGGACAUUUUGGUCCCCUUUGAAGGGCUUUUUUCUUGUCUAAACUUAAACCGAAACUCAAGAACAUCCAUGUUAUAUUGAUUCUUUUAAUGAUCGAACAGUAACAACAGUAUUAUAAAUAUAAGGAAACUUUGCUGUUUCAAACUUAAGGAGUUUAUCUUGCUCAGUUCAUGAUAGUACGUUCUUCUGGAGGUCUGUCACAUCUGCACAUUAUUGGUUUACAUGAUAAUAAAUAUUAAUUAUUGUUGUUGAGUAAUUAUUAAUUCGUAAAGCUCCAUUGUACUG